GAAACUAAAGCCUUUUGCAGUUUGCGGUUUCCUCUUCAUCCAUUCAAAUUCCUCCGAAUUCUACUGGUGAAGCGAUGGAAGGAAUCGUGUCUACCAGUGACGAGCAGCGACUGGUCUCUUCUUUCCUUGAGAUCGCCGUCGGCCAGACUGCCGACACUGCCAGGCAGUUUUUGCAGGCAACAAGUUGGAAACUUGAGGAUGCUAUUCAGCUGUUUUAUGUGGGUAAUGAAGGUGGGUCAACUGCAUCAACUUCAGACACUCCACCAGUAGAAAGUGUGAAUUCCUGGGCUGGGCAAAAUUCUGGUGAAUUGAAAGCUUCUGGGAAUGAUAACGUUGGACUGAAUGAUGGAGAUGAAGUACGCCCUCCCUUGCCAGUUGUGAGAGAGACACUUUAUGAUGAUGCAAUGCAUUAUGGAGCUUCAAGGAUCGGAUAUCGACCUCAUGAGUCAAGUACCAUGAUUGCAUUCCGCAAUUUUGACCAGGAAAUGAAACGCCCUGGGGUCUGGGAGUCAAAUGAAGGUGUUCCAUCUGCAGUAGAUGCUCCACGUGAUAAUCUUGCCUCACUAUACCGUCCUCCAUAUCAUCUGAUGUUUCAUGGGUCAUUUGAAAAGGCCAAAUCUGCUGCUUCUCUUCAGGAGAAGUGGCUCCUUGUUAAUCUGCAAUCUACAAAGGAAUUUAGCUCACAUAUGCUAAAUCGAGAUACGUGGGCAAAUGAAGCUGUUUCACAAACUAUAGGCACAAACUUUAUUUUCUGGCAGGUCUAUGAUGAUAGCAGCGAGGGUAGGAAAGUUUGUACCUACUACAAAUUGGAUUCAAUUCCUGUAAUUCUUGUCAUCGAUCCUAUAACAGGACAGAGAAUGCGCUCAUGGUGUGGAAUGGUUCAACCUGAAAGCUUAUUGGAGGAUUUAGUGCCCUUCAUGGAUGGUGGCCCCAGGGAUCAUCAUGAAAUGCUUUCUCAUAAACGUCAGAAAGGAAACUCUUUGACCACUCAACAAAAAACUAAAGUUGACACCUUGCCGACAGAUGAAACUAACAAAGAUGAGGUAUCAAGUAGAACUGUCGUAGCUCCUACAGGGAGCAUAAAAGACUCUACUAGGCCUUCAGGUGAUGGAGAACUAUGCAAAACUGAGGAGGAAACAUUAUCAACCAAGAAACCUACUUAUCUGCCUCUCCCAGAAGAACCCAAGGGUGAUAGAAACCUCCUUUGCAGGGUUGGGAUCCGUCUUCCUGAUGGGCAGAGGGUCCAGAGAAAUUUCCUCCGCACUGACCCAAUACAGCUGCUUUGGUCAUUUUGCCAAUCUCAACUAGGGGAGACUGAAGCAAAGGCAUUUCGCUUGACACAACCAAUUCCAGGAGCUUCUAAGUAUCUUGAUUAUGAUAGUAAGUUGACAUUUGGGGAGUCUGGACUCGCCAACUCAAUAAUCUUAGUUACGUGGGAAUGAAUAUCCAUCACGUUGGCCACUCCAGUUUCUCAUUUCUUCAAACACUAGAAUCCAGCAAUGAAGAUUUUGGUUUUAAAGUCCUGUAUCCUUUUUAUUGUUGCCUUGCUGGUUAGGGAGUCUAUUGAAGUGAAUGAAGAGGGGAUAAGAGACGGUUAAUUUUAUCAUGUAAAUACAAUAUAUCUGUGGCCAACAAUACAGUUGUGUUUUUUUGUUUUUUGAACACUGGUAACCUUUUAGAUAGGGAUGGGGAAUAUGCCACGGCAGUGGCUUGAAUUGAA